CUGCGAGGGCACUCCGAGAAUAAACAAUUCCCACAGACUGCACGCUACACACCUCAGCGCGCUCACGGUCGCAACACAUACAAGAAAAACGAGGCAUCUUUUUUGGACUACAUUUUUUCUUUUCUUUUUCUUUUCUUUUUAAAAAAAAAAAAAAGCCUGCCUCGCCAUUUUUGUUCCGUGCCAAAAAGUGUCAAGACAGAUGCGGCCGUUUUCAUUGGAUUUGCCUCCUCCUGUCGAAUAACAUCGAUGCGGCUCUCCGGCUGACCGUGGGGUGGACAACGCAGGUCCCCAGUGUGAGGUCUGCAAAGCUGAGAAGGCGCCACUGACAGAACCACAGCCAGGCCUUUAGGACAGACAUCCCAAACAUCCACAGCCACGGAAUGUGUCAACAUCUUUGUGGUGAAAUCCCGCUGACUCCUCGCUUGCUACUCACAUAAGCCUGGAGCUGGGCCUUCUGGGAUCCUACAGUCUUUAAAGGCAUACAACAAUGCCUGGGAGGCCCACCUGCCCCAGAUUGCCUCCAACCACGGUUGCAGUUUCACCACGGUGCUGACUGCCCACUACCGAAAGGGAUCAUAUCUGGUCAGUGCAUCCUUCGGCCCCCUGCAGACUCACUCCUGUGCAAUUGCCUGCUUUCUUUUCGGCAUUUAGGAAGUGCAUGCCACUGUCAACCAGAUGACGUAGUGGACAUUUGUUUCCCAGUAGCAGUGCUGAACCAUACGAGGGGAUCCUAGUAUUGAACAUGACUCAUGGGGAGGAGCCUGGCCCUGAGACACACAAGGAUUCAGCUGUUCUAACUUAUCUGGAAGGUUUACUGAUGCAUCCAGUGGUAGCCGGGCCUGGGGCCACGGCAAGCGGGAGGUCUGAGGCUGCCCACAGCAACCAGGAGCAGGCUGACAAGGUGUGCGGGCAACUGCCCAACCAUGGCCCCACAGCUCCCAAGGGUGGUUCUUCGCAGCACCUGAAGAAGGCCCGCCUCCUGCGCUCUGGAGCCUGGAAUGAUCCAGGGAACCAGCGGAUGAGUUCACCCCCAAUGGAGCUGAAUGGCCAAGGGGGAGGCCUGCAAAAUGGAGCACUAGAGGGAUCUCCUCAUGCUGGGGAGAGCACUCUGUUGGCUUCCCUGCUUCAGUCAUUCAGCUCACGGCUUCAGAGCGUGGCAAUGUCUCAGCACUCCAAUAAACCCCCCAGUGAGUGUUCCUCUCCCCCCAAGGCGCCACCUGCGGACAAAGAGCCACUUCCUGUGUACGGGACAGCCUCAAGCCGUUUGAAGGGCCUAAUGAGGAAGAGCAAGCUUCAAAAUCACAGCAACACACCUUACAGUCGCCGGGGACACAGUCAGGACAGACCCCCAGAAUCACCUCGGUCAGCACACAGUGCCACGCCUCCCGCCGCCCCUGCUACAGCUGAAUCCGUGUCCUGUGCGGAGCGUCUGAAGGCGGUGGCCAACAUGGUGAAAAUCCGCUCUAGUCCAGCACCUUCCCCCAAGCCCAGCGUGGCCUGCAGUCAACUGGCCCUGCUGCUGUCCAGUGAGGCCCAUCUCCAGCAGUACUCCAGAGAGCACGCGCUCAAAGCCCAGCUCUCCGGGAGAUCUGCCAGCGAGAGACUAGCCGCCAUGGCAAACCAGCAGCACGGGCCGGACAAAAGGCCACCUAGUGUGGGAGGGAAUCUGCCUGGAGCCCCAGACACGCUAAGCUCCUUAACAACCCAAAACGGAAUGACGACAACAACCACGGUAACAACAGCACUCCCUCGAGCGGCACUGUCCAGUCCCCAGAGCCCCUCUCUGCUGCGUGGCCACAGCCAAAGCUCCCCACCCGCUCCCACACAUGCUCCAAACCCCGCUCACAGCCAACCCCCCAGGGAGAAGCGAGGCGUCGACUCCCGUCCAACCCGUCCCCCACAGACGUGCAGCAGCCUGCUGCUGCUGCUGCUCAACAACCACAACAACCAGAAGCAGUUGACCAAGAACGGGCACCUGGAGGACAGCUGUGGCGUUCUGGCGCCAAGCGGCUCCUCUUCGGUCACGUCAGACAGCGAGUGCUCCGUCCAAGAGAGGAGUCUGGCCAAGGACAGCAGCGAUGCGGAGAGUUCCUACUGGAGUUGCUCCCCCAUCGACCUCUCCAUGAGAAGCCGGGCCAGCGCGCAAGACACGGGACCCAAAACGUCCACCCCCUCUUCCUCCUUCUCCUCUUUCUCCUCUUCUACCUCUACCCUGUCUUCUUCCACCACAGUGUUCUCCUCCACCCCAGUUGCGUUCUCUCCUCAAGCUUCUGCUCAACCCUCCGCCACUGCCUUUUCACCAAGCUCUACUGUCGUCUCCUCCAUUUCCACCGCCAUUUCUACUACUACUUCUUCCUCCUCAUCUAUCUCUACCUCCUCCCUGGACAAACUAACAGAGUCUUUAAUAAAAAAGUGGAAGCCAGAGCCAUCAGGAUCAAACGCGUGCAGGAGCAAGGAGCCUGAAGUGAGCCCUGACCGAAAGUCGCAUUCUAAGGUCACGCUUAUGCAGCUUCUUCUUGAGCGCAGAAAUAAUGAGAUGGUUAAUAAAAGCAUAGGCAACCAGGAUUUGCCGCUUGAUAUAACUAUGGCCACCAUGUCUCGAGACCAACCAAAGGGACUCGUGCCCUGGGAGGAGACCAGGACAGAAAGCCCCAUAGAUAGACCUGCAGCCUCAGCCCAGCCCCUCUACUCACUCAGUCGUGACCCCAGUGGUGCGCUGUCCCCGUACCCCUACUCCUCCCCCCAUGUCCAGUCCAGCCCCUUGGAUUUGUGUAAGUCUAAAGCCUUCCCUGCUGAGAAGGCUUCAGAGCCUGCCUUCAGUGCCAGUAAACUGUUACAAAAUCUGGCUCAGUGUGGCACAGCUUCUUCCUCCCCACCCAUCCCAUCCAGCAAAGGGCUGGGUCAGGAGCUUGAGGCCAGUAGGCCCCUUGCCCUAUUGGAAAGGCUCAAUGCUCCAAUCCACAGGACCGCCACCACUCCACUCUCUGACAGACCCUCCGGCAGUGGCACACCUUUCAGUCAGAAGGAAGCUUCUCCUUCGUCACAGAUUGAGAACCUUCUGGAGAGGCGCACCGUGCUGCAGCUCCUUCUAGGAACCGGCUCGGCUACUGCUACGGUCAGCCGCAAAGAUAGGCCCGGUGGCAGGGGGAGUGUGGAGGUUGCAGGGGGUUGCUAUGACAAGAGCCCCGGUGCCUCUGUCGUCUGUGACAGCUCCAAUGGGCCCCCGUUGGAAGUAAAGGUCAAAACUGAGCUCACGGGGGAGGCGGGUCAGCCCUCGGCCAUGUCUGAGGACUCGAGUGGCAGAAAGAGACAUAGUGGCUACGAGAAGAAUAGCCCACUGUCAGAUUCUCUGCAGGACUUAAAAACAGAACCACGGCCUGCGGAGGUCAUAGCAAAAUACGGCCUCCUCAGCCAGCUGCUUAAACAACAGACUGCUACCUACUAUACCAGUUCUGCUAUGCAGGCCGAGUCCCAGCCCAGACAGGUUAAAGAGGAACAGAGGGAGUAUCCAAGCCCCAGUCCUAAGAAGAGACGCCUCUGCUCUGAUCGGACUGACGGUUUGCAUAAUACCAGCUCUCCAAGAGCAGCGGACGGUGGCGACAUGAACAUUUUUGCACCGUCUGCUGUUCGGGAAGAGCCCGAACGGCCGAGGAACGUGAAGGAAGAGGAUGCUCCGCCAAGGAGCCCGCCGAGCGAAACCCUCACCAGAGAGAGUCGGGGCUUCAAUGUGCUCAAGCAGCUGCUGCUCUCUGACAACUGCCUGAAGGAGCUGUCCCAGCAGCCCCGGGGGACGCCCAGUCCUUCCGUGCUGCAGGCCAACGGCAAGGCCAACGGCAGCGUUCUCUGUCAGCCUGCCCAUAACCACAGCUUCCUCCACCUGCCCGGCUGGCAACCCCACGGUUCCCUAAACUCAGGGCUUCCGAGUAAUCUCAGACCGCUGCCCACGCCCCCUGCAGGUGACAGCCCCUGGAGUCGCCACCCAGCUCCGUGGCCAGUCACUCAAAAGCGGGACCCCCCUACUCUGGUCAAGCAGGAGCCCGAGAGCCCCGUGAGAUGGAGUAGUCAGGAGAACGAGGAGGAGGAGGGCUGUGACUCGAACCUGGACUCUCCGCGGCUCUCGCGCUCCAACCCCAUCCUGUAUUACAUGUUGCAGAAGGGCAGCAUUCAGCUGCGAAAGGAGGCACGGGACCAGGCGGAGGGAACCCAGUCUGUGGUCCGAGUUAAAGAAGAGCCGAUCAGUGACAUGCAUGCUUAUGAACACAGUCUGAGCUCGGUCCCGCAAUCGCCCAAAAACAAUGACAAGCACAGCCAUGAGAGCCAGGGGCUGAGCCAUUCGUAUGAGUAGAAGUUGUAUCAACUACGGAAAAAUACAAAGUGGAAUCAAAUUCAUU